AGGUACGCGCGCUAGCAGCUCUUUCGCGGAGACCGGCGUCGGCGGGAACGAGCUCCGGCGAGGGCGCUGUGGGGAGGGGCGGGAGAAAGUGGCCGACCGGAGGACGUUGGCGUUUACGCGUGACCGAGCGGAAGAGUUUUGCUUUUCGUGCGCGCCUUCGAAAAACCGCGCCUGUUGUCGGCUGAGGUGCCCGCCCGGCGAUCUCCCCCUCCUCUGCGCGCGCCCCCCGCGCCGAGCUCGCUGGUCCGCGCCGGAGUGGACGAGGUGGGAACGAGCGCACGACCCGCGCCCGGAGCCGCCCCCAAGUGCCCAUGGCUACGCGGGUGCUGACCAUGAGCGCCCGCCUGGGACCCAUACCCCAGCCGCCGGCCCCGCAGGACGAACCCGUCUUCGCGCAGCUCAAGCCGGUGCUGGGCGCCGCGAACCCGGCCCGCGACGCGGCGCUCUUCCCCGGCGAGGAGCUGAAGCACGCGCACCACCACUCGCAGGGACAGUCUGCGCCCCCGCAGCCCGCGGCCGGCCCGCGGCUGCCGCCGGAGGAGCUGGUCCAGACAAGAUGUGAAAUGGAGAAGUAUCUGACACCUCAGCUUCCUCCAGUUCCUAUAAUUCCAGAGCAUAAAAAGUAUAGACGAGACAGUGCCUCAGUCGUAGACCAGUUCUUCACUGACAGUGAAGGGUUACCUUACAGUAUCAACAUGAACGUCUUUCUCCCUGACAUCACUCACCUGAGAACUGGCCUCUACAAAUCCCAGAGACCGUGCGUAACACACAUCAAGACAGAACCUGUUACCAUUUUCAGCCACCAGAGUGAAACGACUGCCCCUCCUCCGGCCCAGACCCAGGCCCUCCCCGAGUUCACCAGUAUAUUCAACACACAUCAGACCGCAGCUCCAGAGGUGAACAAUAUCUUCAUCAAACAAGAACUUCCUACACCAGAUCUUCAUCUGUCUGUCCCUCCCCAGCAGGGCCACUUGUACCAGCUACUGAACACACCGGAUCUAGAUAUGCCCAGUUCAACAAACCAGACAGCAGUAAUGGACUCUCUUAAUGUUUCUGUGUCAGCUGCCAUGGCUGGGCUUAACACGCUCACCUCUGCUGUCCCGCAGACGACAGUGAAACAAUUUCAGGGCAUGCCCCCUUGCACAUACACAAUGCCAAGUCAGUUUCUUCCACAGCAGGCCACUUACUUUCCCCCAUCACCACCAAGCUCAGAGCCUGGAAGUCCAGAUAGACAAGCAGAGAUGCUCCAGAAUUUAACCCCACCUCCAUCCUAUGCUGCUACAAUUGCUUCUAAACUGGCCAUCCACAAUCCAAAUAUUCCUGCCACCCUGCCAGUUAAUACACCGAACAUCCAGCCUGUCAGAUAUAAUAGAAGGAGUAAUCCCGAUUUGGAGAAAAGACGCAUACACUACUGCGAUUACCCUGGCUGCACAAAAGUUUAUACAAAGUCUUCUCAUUUAAAAGCUCACCUGAGGACUCAUACUGGUGAAAAGCCAUACAAGUGCACCUGGGAUGGCUGUGACUGGAGGUUCGCGCGGUCGGACGAGCUGACCCGCCACUACAGGAAGCACACGGGCGCCAAGCCCUUCCAAUGCGGCGUGUGCAGCCGCAGCUUCUCGCGCUCCGACCACCUGGCCCUGCACAUGAAGAGGCACCAGAACUGAGGGGCCCUGCC